CCUCGGCACUCUGCUCACACAUCAUCCACGCUUCCAAUUUCCAAAAUUCCACACAAGGCCCUGUCUCUCUGCAGUCUGCAAUCUGCAUCCAUAUAUGGCUAUGGCUAGUAGGCUCGCCGCGCUCCUCCUCGUCCUCGCCGUCGCCUCCUCCGCCUGCGCGGCGCUCGCACACGGCCGCCACCACGACGACCUCCCGGCCCGGACGACGACCAAUCUGACAAGGAGCACCGUGGCAGGCGGCUCCGACGACGACUGCGCGUACGUGAUGUACUUCAAGACGGGAUCAAUGCACGAGGCCGGGACGGACGCCGUGAUCUCGAUGCAGCUCUCGUCGGGGGACUGGGGAAACAGCCUGCUGGUGGACGACCUGCCGGCCUGGGGCGGGCUCAUGGAGAAAGGCCACGACUACUUCGAGCAAGGAAGCCUGGACGCCAUCGCCGGGCUUGGGCCCUGUAUGGUGCCCUGCUGGCUCAGGCUCGUCUCCGACGGCACCGGCGUCUACCCUGGCUGGUUCCUCGACACCGUCGAGGUCACGGUCACGGGGCCUGGAAGGCGGGGUUGUGGACAGUAUUUGUUUGAUGUUAAGAAGUGGCUCUCUGCUGAUGUUGCGCCCUAUGUGCUCGAGGUCUUCGUCAACCGCUGCUCCGGCAACCAUGGUGCCGUGGCUUGAGGACUAGCUGCCGAUCGACCAGAUUGGUCAGGGUACGGUACUAUGUGUGCUGUGAUGAGAGUUGUUUGAGCUAAAUAAUAGUGUGUGUUCUAUGUCGAUCUGCCGCGGCACGGAUGCUGCUGCUGCUGCUGGUGAAACAAUCGGGCCGGGCCUGGUUUGUGUGUGCUGUGAUGAGAGUCGUGAGCUCGUUACGAGAGCCCGAAACAAAAUAUGUUUCUGAAUAACUUGGCAUUUCGUACGUA